GGACCCGGAGAGGGGGAGGCUACAAAGAACAAAGAGGACCCGGCGUAGGGCGGUGGAGGGGGGGGGGGGGGGGGGGGGGGGGGAGGGGCAGUAGAUAGGAUAGUUCAGUGAAGUAUUGUAACUUUGUCGGUGCCAAAACGUGGCGAGGCUUGUGUACUGCCUGGUGAGGUCUGCUGUAUGAUUUUACCGGGUUGCAUGCAAAGCAAAGCAUUUCACUGUAUUGUGACAAUAACGUAUUAUUGAAUCAUUGAAUCAUUUCUGCUGCUGUCUCUGUUUGGUGUCGUUCGCCUGACUGAGGUCAGUUGACAGGGCUCCUCACCACGGGGAGGUCGACAACAUGAGGCAUAGAUCAACAAACAGCUCAGCACAUAAUUUUCUACUGCGCUGUCCUCCCGCCACCCUGGAGGAGGGGUAGACCUCACAGCCCUCGUCAACAGCACAUUGAACUGGCUACAGCGCCUGGUGAGCGUUACAUAACUGCUGCUGCCUCAAAUGCAAGACAAAGAUUGAAUCAUUGAGGACAUUCAGAGAGCUGCAAUGUAUGAAACCUGAAAUAAAAACAGGAAAUGCCCCAGUAGGUCCGAUAGCACAUGUGGACUCAUUGGUGAAUCAGAGGUGAGAUAUAUCAGUAUCUGACCUCCAAUGAAUUCUGAAAUUUCUUUCUUUAUUCCAGAAAUCAGAAACUAUUAAAACAGAGAACAAACAGUACAGCUCAGGAAUGGGCUCUUCAGACCACAUUGCCUGUGCCCUUCGAAUGGCUGGAACAGAUAGAACACGUUUGUAGGGAUAUGGACCAAACGCAAGGGGAUGGAUCUAAUGUAGAUGGGAUAUGGAACGUGUUGGUUGGUGUGAGCAAGUUGGGCCAAAGGGUCUGUUUUCCCUCUGUGUGAUUCUACGACUUUAUGACACUAUGAGAAGGUAUAUCUCUUGGUCAGGUUCAUGGAUGGGAAAGGAUUGGAGGGAUGUGAACCAAACACAGGCAAAUGGGAUCAGAUCUAGUAGGCAAAUAGAUCAGCAUGGACAUGUCGGGCUGAAGGGCCUGUCGCUGCGCUGUAUAACUCUAUGAAGGCAUCCAAACGUGAGAAUUUGGUCCUUUGGACUACGUGUUAAUGUUUAAUUAAUUAAACUGUGUAGCACUGCUCACAGUGAAGUGUAACGUCUUUGUCUGAGCCACGGAAGACCAUUUACAGUGACGGGUCGAACUCAUCUUCACUUCUUAAGUGAAAGGAUUUCUGUUUGAUUGUUAGAGUGCGAGUAUAAUGAAUGAAUCAUGUCUUUCCUGAGCCUGUUUGUUACGGACACAGUCACACUAAUCCUUUUCGCACUUCUGGCUGUGUCCUGUCUGAUGUAUUUGUACUCUGGGUGUAAACGCUCAGUCGUUUACAAGCUGCCACCGGGUCCGUCUCCUCUGCCGCUGAUCGGGAACCUACACACACUCGACCUGAAGAUGCUGCACAGGAGUCUCACCGAGUUAUCUGAGCAGUAUGGACCUGUCUUUACCAUUCAGCUGGGGCUGGAAAAAGUGGUGGUCCUGACGGGAUACAAAGCAGUGAAGGAGGCUCUGGUGGAUCAGGCGGAUGAGUUUGCAGAGAGAGCAAAGGUCCCAGUGUUGGAAAUGCAGGCAAACGGUUACGGAAUUUCUUUUGGACAUGGAGAGUCAUGGAAACAAAUGCGAAGAUUUACUUUAAUGACAUUACGCAAUUUUGGCAUGGGCAAGAAAACGAUCGAAGAUAAGAUUACUGAGGAGGCCAAAUAUCUGGUGCAAGAAAUCGAAUCUCACCAAGGUUGGAAACGUAAUUUCAUUAUUUUGAUCACAGUAGUACCUUGUCUUGAACAAAAGGUAACACAGGGGCAUAGAUGGUCGAGCUGCUACCUCACAGUUCCAGAGAACUGGGUUCGAUCCUGACCUUCGGCCCACUUAGUCUGCACUUGACCAAUGAUCACCCAUACACUAGUUCUCUGUUAUCCCACUGUUCAUUCAAUUAGGUUGAAUUUAGUUUGGUUUAGUUUCGUUUAGCGAUACAGUGUGGAAACGGCCCCUGCAGCCCACUGAGUCCGUGCCAACCAAUGAUCACCUGUACAAUAGUUGUAUCCUACACACUAAGGACAAAUAACAAAAGCCAAUGAACCAACAAACCCGCAUGUCUUUGGAAUGUGGGAGGAAAUCGGAGCACCCGUGGAUAAAACACACAUGCGGUCACAUGGAGAACAUGCAAACUCCACACUGACAGGACCCAUAGUCAGGAUCAUACCCAGGUCUCUGGCACUGUGAGGCAGCUACCCUACCACUGUGCAGCCCCAAUGUUUUAUAAUUCUGUUUAUGGUCCUGCAUUAAAUUGUACAUUCAUUGUACAUCUCUCCCUCCCUUGCUGUCUCUGUAGCCCAGGUACACUACAUACACUGGCUCUCCCUUGUCCAUUCUACAUGUUACUUCUUCAAAAAAUUCCAGAAGAUUUCUCAAGCAUGAUUUCCCCUAUGUCAAUCCAUGCUGACUUGGACCAAUCCUGUUACUGCUAUCCGAAUGCGCCACUAUUUAAUCUUUGAUAAUUAACUCCAGCAUCUUGCGCUUGAAUGCAUUUCGUUGUCUCUGUACUGUACACUGACAAUGACAAUAAAAAUUGAAUCAGAUCUUUCUCUUUCCCCCCUUUCUUGAAAACUGCGAUAACAUUUGCUACCCUCCAAUCCACAGGAACUGAUCCAGAAUUUAUAGAACAUUGAAAAAUGAUCACCAAUGCGUCAACGAUUUCUAGAGCCACCUCCUUGAGUACCCUGGGAUGUAGACCAUCAGGCCCUGGGGAUAUAUCAGUCUUCAGUCCCAUCAGUCCACCCAACACCAUGUCCAGUUGAGGUGACGGGCCUGUUGCUGUUCUGUAUGACACUAUCAACAUAACACAGAAAAUAAGUAUGGGGUUAACAAAGUCAAUGUGGAUUUCAAGGAAGACAUUUUCUUUCCUCUUUCGUGUCUUGGCAUUGAAAUUCUUGUCUUCGCCUGUUGAACGUUGCCGGGGUUGAAUGCUUUGGUUUCACGGUCACACCGAGUAAGUGUCCGGGGACAGCUGAGUGCGGCUCCCUCCCACUUGCCACCAACGUUAGUUGCCCUGACGCCACUUUACUGAAUCCGCAGCCAAGAGGUGGCUCCUCACUCGUCGCCGCCGCCCUCGCUGACACCUUUAACUUUCAGGUUUCAGGAGGAGGGUUUAAACAGAGGCGAGUGGGGCUGAAGGUGAGAGACACUGCGGCCCGGGACCCUGAUCUGGGACGCUGACAGGAGCGAGUAGUCAAGGGGAGCCCAGAGAUGGCGUUGGGCAGCGCCUUCCCGCUGGACGCAGCCACUUUACUGAUCCUCGGCGCCCUCUCCCUCUUGCUCCUCCUUUACUUUCGCCGCGGCUCUAAGUGCCAUGGAGCGCUCAACCUGCCCCCGGGACCCCCUUGUCUGCCCAUCAUCGGUCACCUGCACCUGAUGGAUCUGAAGAAACCCCACGAGAGUCUCAUGGAGGUAAGAGGGAGCGGGAGGAGGCAGCAAUGGGGGCCCGUUGUGUUCCCCACUUGCGCCCAGCGCUUGAGAGAAGCAUCGCUGUCUCUAUGUUGCUGCCGCUUAGAUUCAUCGCCCCAGAAAUCUCAGCACUCCUGAGUUCAGUUUCACAACUUCCAUCAUUCACCGCUUGUAAUCAGAUGUUACCCGCUCAGAUAAACCCGGCAGGAUGUCCACUUCACACGGGCACAAAGUGCUGGAGUAACUGAGCGGGCCAGGCAGUAUCUCUGGAGAAAAAUGAUGGUUGAUAUUGCGCAUCGGGACCAUUCAGACUGCUUUCUCUGGAGAAUCUGCCUGACCGGCCGAGUUACUCAAGCACUUUGUGUCUCUUUUUGGUAUAAACCAACAUCUGCUGUUCAUCUUUUUAACAGGAGGUCCACUUGACCAGAUCAUCUCCAAGUCCCUGACCCACAAUUGUCUACUGAUAUUAUUAACUCUAGAUGUGAAGGAAGGAACUGCAGAUGCUAGUUUAAACCGAAGAAAGAUACAAAAUGCUGGAGUAAUUCACAAGGGCAGGCGGCAUCUCUGGAGAGAAGGAAUGCGGUGACGUUUUGGGUCGAGACCCUUCUUCUGAGCAGUUACCCAUUCCUUUCCUCCAUGGAUGCUGCCUGUCCCGCUGAGUUAUUCCAGCAUUUUGUGUCUAUCUUUAGUUAACUCCAGAGCUGUCUCCCUGAUCAUCCCUUUAGACACAUUCCGAUGCAGAACUCCCAAACUGUUUUCUGUUCACAAGCCAUCUCUUUUUCGUAUACUAGGUGGCCACAGUGGUGUAACAGAGACAGAGACCUGGGAUCGAUCCUGACCUCGGUGGCGGUCUGUUUGGAGUUUGUACAUUUUCCCUCUGACCUUGCCUUUUCCACAUUGCUAGCAAAUUUGCCAUACACUCAUACCAAAAAUGCAACAAGACGCACAACUACAUAAAUGUUAACAGAAAUAUCCACCGCAGCGGCUCCCCCACGUUCCUCCCUGUAAUGGAAGGCAAUAAAGUAUUGUCUUCUUUCCUCCUUAUUCUCCUAUGGACGGGGCAGUCGAACCAUCUGCAGUCUGGGCGAUUGAAGCUCCCACAGUCGGCGAUCGAAGCUCCCGCGAUCGUGGUGGUCGAAGCUCCUACAGUUGGAGCUCCCAAAGUCGGUCCCUAACCAAGGGACCGCGAUCUCCACGAUGUUAAGUCUGUAGGCUCCCGCGGUUGGAGCUCCCAAAGUUGAUCCCCAGCAAGAGGCCGCCAGCUCCACGAUGUUGGGCCGCAGCGCGGACAAGAUACAAGAUACCAGAUACAUUUAUUUGUCACAUGUACCAUUUGGUACAGUGAUAUGUGUGGUCGCCAUACAGCCAUACAAAUAAUAAAGAGCACCGAAUACGAUAGUCUUUAACACAGACAUCACCACACAAUGGGAUCAAAAUUUCCCACUUAACAACAGACUGAAAACAACAAAAGA